CAUUUACCCCGCUUUCCAUGGUCUAGCCACUGCUGAAGUGGAUAAGACUAACAGCCUCCACGUGGCAGAGGGGUAACCCGAUGUGUGCGGUCCAGGGUCACUGUGUUUUGCUUACAAGUCACCACCUCUUAGUAGUCAAAGUCUGUCACUAUAAAUAAGCCUCUGCAUAGUCUUUUGGGCUAGGAUAUAUCUGAGAAGACAUCCACUUCUGUCUGUUAAAGCACUCUGUUCCUCAAGCAUGUAUUCGUCUGAGGAGCCUAAAAAAGGUUGUUACUCUAGGAAACUCAAGGAGGAGCGUUCCCACACCAUCCUAUUUAACAUCCUCAACCGUAAAGACAGCUGUGCUCUGGAGGCAGAUGACUGGAGUUCUGUGAUGCACAGCUGCCACUGUGAGCAGCAAAGAUUAGUUUGUUUGAGGAACCCAGAGAGUACCUGCCAGGCAGCCACUGAAGUCUUGCUAAAAACCAUGUGUUUCAUGAAAAGCCUUCCUUCCUUCCACCACCUACCAGGAUUGGAUCAAUUUUUACUUCUUAGGAGCCACUGGGUCCCGCUCUUCGUACUGGGUCUUGCACAAGAGCGUAUCACUUUCGAGGUGGCAGACUUUCCCAUGACGAGCUUCCUUCACAAGAUCUUGUUGCAUGACCAAAAUUUUGACAGUGAGCAGGAAAUGGACGAUUUCCCACCGAACUUGGCAGCUGUGCAUAAUCUCAAAUCAUGCUUGUACAAACUCUGGAGGCUUGACCUCACUCCUAAAGAGUACGCCUAUCUCAAGGGUACAAUAUUAUUCAAUCCAGACGUCCCUGGGCUGAUAAACUGCAGGCUCAUUGAGGGGCUUCAGAGGGAGGCUCAGCGACUUCUGCAUCAAGUCAUUCAUAAACUUCACCCAAAUGACCACAGUCGAUUGACAAGUGUCCUGCUAGCAGCCUCCUCGCUGCACUCAGUAGCCCAAAACCUUGUGACAAAACUGUUUUUCAGACGUGUGAUUGGUCAGACAGACCUCCUAGAACUGCUGACUGAGAUGCUUUUCACUACAGGACUUUUUUGACCAGGAAGGAGUCCAUUCCAUGUUACUAUAUUUCGGCUUUGGACUUGGACUUGAAUGCAGUUUGAGUGGUGUCCACUUCCUCCUUCACUAGUUUAAUUCAAAGUGAGCAGAGUUACAUUUCCUUUGCUUUCAUUAUAUCAGAAUGUAAUAUUCACCAUCAGCUCUAGCUUUCUUUCUUUAUGAUGUCAGACUGAAGUUGGUAGAAAUAUUGAAUAUAUGGUAAUAUUUCUACAUUUUGUACUUUACCCUAGACUACUUCUGCGUAAAGCAUUCAGUACACAUCGCCAUGAGGAGUAGCCAGAUUUCAGCUUCUCUCAGCCAUGUCAUCUUACAUGUAGAUAUAAUGAGGUGCUUUAUUUAGACAGGAGUACAGGCUUGUAUAAUCUUUUACUAUAUUAAAAUGACACCUUAUUUUUCCAUUCUGUUUUCUACAAAUCUUUGAAUAAAUAGAAGUU